AUGGGGUUUUUAUACUGCUACUAUUGGCCAAGACACCAACGACUUUAUGCUCUUGCACUUUGCAGGGGUGAUUCUUCUUCAGAAACUGUUUCAGCUGUGUCAAUACAAACCCAUGAUCUUAUAACCAAAUGUCCCAACCAAAAGAAGCCUUUCAUGGGCAGCAGCUCCAUCUCCGUCUCCUCCACUAUCACCCAGAAUUCUCCUCCACAGAUAACUAAUACCCCACCUAACAAAGGAGGCAUUGCAGUAGCUGUUGGAAUUAUUAUUGUCUCUAUAAUUAUCAUACAUCACUCUAGUUGCUUAACUUAUGUCUUUUUAAAGAGGAGGAGGAAAGGCAAAGGGCGAGAUAAGAAGAAAGCAAGAACUAAAAGAUGUGGUGAUGAAAUUGAGACUGUGGAAUCCUUGCAAUUCGACUUCAGCACUAUCAAAGUUGCAACAGAUAACUUUUCCAUUUGGAAUAAGCUUGGGAAAGGUGGAUUUGGUUCUGUUUACAGUAUCAUUUCAGGGAAGACUUCUGACGGACAGGAUAUAGCUGUGAAGAGGCUGUCUAGAGAUACAGGACAAGGAGAUCUGGAUUUCAAAAUGAGAUUUUGGAUGGCAAAGUUAUUGAAGUGGAUCAAACUCGAGGCGAUACAAGUAGAAUUGUGGAACUUAAAACUAACUAAUCUAACUUAUGACCCUUUUCAGUGGAUAUAUGUCCCUGAAUAUGUAAAGUAUGGACACUUCUCAGUCAAGUCUGAUGUUUUAGCUUUGGCAUGGAGAAAUGGAAAGAAGGGAGCGCUAAAUAUGAUAGAUCACACUUUGAGGGGUCAUUCCAGUAGUGAAAUUCGAGAUGUAUUCAUGUUGUGCCGUCAAAACCUGCAUUCUUUAUGCACAGCGUUGUGGGACAGAACAUCGAAUCUACUGUGCGGGUCAAUCAAAAAGCAAUGCUGUCCAAUAUUCAGUGAAGAAGCUUCAAUCACUGAGCUGGAUCCCCGUUAA